AUUUUUAGCCUAUUUUUGUUGAUGCUUGACAUAGGCAAUGAUUUGACAAUUGUCCAUAUUGUUGCGAUAAGGAACUUCGUCAAAAUGGUGAAGAUGUUAUUAAACCGACGAAUAGAAAUCGUAUGAUCUGGAGCUUGGAUUUUUGGAUAACAAGCUAGGAAUCAACGUUUUAUAAUUGUUUGAAGACUGUUUUAGGAUAUAUCAUGUCGGAUUCGGGGAAAUCCUAUGAUCAACUUGUAAAGCGAUUAUCAAUAAAUGAAAGUAUAAAAUUGAUUGCUGUAGAUUUCGACAUGACGCUAGUGUCCGUCCAUACUGGUGGCAAUUGGAUGUUCACUGCAAGACCAUUGGCGACUAGAAUUCGCCCUGGAUUUACCGAAUUUAUAAGAGAAGCUCAAAGACAUGGACUUUUUGUUGCCAUUGUUACAUUUUCUCCUCAAGUAGACUUGGUUAGAAAUGUACUAAAAGAAGUUUUUACUGAAAAAGAAGUUGAGAGGAUCUGUAUAAGAGGAAACACCAAUGAUUGGAAACCCCAUCCUCGUUGUAGAAAAGAAGGUAAACAGUCACAUAUUGAAUCAGCUGCAAAGCAAUUCUACAAGGCUACAAAGAUAAAAAUAAAGUCCUAUGAAAUACUUCUUUUUGAUGAUGACGAGGAAAAUAUUAGAGUGGCUAAGAAGAAUGGCAUUAAAACUGUAAAAAUCAUAGAUGAUAAUACAUUACCAAACAUGCUGUGAUAUAUAAACUAUUCAUGAGUUAAUGCUUUUGUGAUGAAUGCCGUAGUUUGCAUUCUAUAGUUUUGAUCUGGGUUUAACCUUGUAAACAAGCAUAUGUUUUGUUUCAACUCAUCAUUUCCUAUGAUUUAUGGCAUCCUUUUUCUCAUAAACCAAGGUUUUUGUUCUUUUCUACUUGUGUCUUUUGUAUCAACUUUAAUCCUCCUUGCUUUCUCUCACCCUUGGAUAAGUUUACAUUGGAUGCAUUGGUACUCAUUGAUAACACUAAUUUUCACUCAUUCAAUAAAUAUAUAUAUGUAUGUAAUUAUAGAUGUAUUUAUUAUGUAGUAACGAAUAAUAAUUAUAUGAAUAUAUUUAUGUUUGUUAUGUGUGCCAGUUUAAA